UACAUUUGAUUGUGGCUAACGGGUAAAAAAGGUUGGCGACCCCUGCUCUAGAGAGUCUACUGCCCAUGCGCUCUUCCAGCAAUGCCGCUGCAGCCUGCCUACCCUCUAUACUGUAAGUUCCCAUUAAAGAUGUACAAAAGUGGGGCAUUGCUAACUGGCCAAAUGAAUACAGCUUGGAUGUUGAGAAGGAAGGUUAAACAUUACUGGAAAAAUUGUCCCAGGCCUUUAAAUCACUAUAUGCCAGUGAGUAUUAGCUGCCCCAACACAGAAUCAAGGGAACAAAUUGUAUUCCCACAAUAUGCCAGUAAGGGCAAAUACAUAGUAGGAGGGUAUCCCAGGGCCUAUUUCAUUUAUGAUAACCCCAGUAUUGAUUUCAUCUAUGAUAGAUAGUAAAAUGUAUUGCAGGAUAAAGCAAUGUAUAUUUCAUAUUAAGCCCCCAGAAUACAUUGUAGCUGAAAUACAGGACCAGUUUCAUGUGUAAUAGCCCCCAUACACAUGGCAGCAUAAAUGCAGUGCCAGUUUCAACCCCAGAAUAUAAUUUAGGAUCAGUAUAUCGACAGUGUAGAUUACCUCUGUCCUUUGUGCGGUAGAAAAUACAUUGUUGUUGAUUUGAGAUGGCAUUUCCCCCCCCCCCCUCUACCUCUAAUGAAACUGUAGUUUGAACUAUAGCCAAACAGUCUUUUUGUUCCGCAAGUAAGAACUAUAGGAGUCAAUGCUCCAGCCUCCCCAAGCCUCCAUUAAAGUCUGCCUCUAAUGAAACUGUAGUUUGAGCUAUAGCUGAAGUCUUUUUGUUCUGCAAGUAAGAGCUAUAGGAGUCAAUGCACCAGCCUCCCCAAGCCUUCAUUAAAGACUGCCUCUAAUGAAACUGUAGUUUGAACUAUAGCUGAACAGUCUUUUUGUUCCGCAAGUAAGAGCUAUAGGAGUCAAUGCUCCAGCCUUCCCACGCCUCCAUUAAAGUCUGCCUCUAAUGAAACUGUAGUUUGAGCUAAAUCUGAACAGUCUUUUUGUUCAGCAAUUAAGAGUUAUAGGAGUCAAUGCUCCAGCCUCCCCAAACCUUCAUUAAAGUCUGCCUCUAAAGAAACUGUAGUUUGAGCUAUAGCUGAAGUUUUUUUGUUCAGCAAUUAAGAGCUAUAGGAGUCAAUGCUCCAGCCUCCCCAAACCUUCAUUAAAGACUGCCUCUAAUGAAACUGUAGUUUGAACUAUAGCUGAACAGUCUUUUUGUUCUGCAAGUAAGAGCUGUAUGAGUCCAUGCUCCAGCCUCCCCAAGCCUCCAUUAAAGUCUGCCUCUAAUGAAACUGUAGUUUGAGCUAUAGCUGAAGUUUUUUUGUUCAGCAAUUAAGAGCUAUAGGAGUCAAUGCUCCAGCCUCCCCAAACCUUCAUUAAAGACUGCCUCUAAUGAAACUGUAGUUUGAACUAUAGCUGAACAGUCUUUUUGUUCUGCAAGUAAGAGCUGUAUGAGUCCAUGCUCCAGCCUCCCCAAGCCUCCAUUAAAGUCUGCCUCUAAUGAAACUGUAGUUUGAGCUAUAGCUGAAGUUUUUUUGUUCAGCAAUUAAGAGCUAUAGGAGUCAAUCCUCAAGCCUCCAUUAAAGACUGUCUCUAAAAGAAACUGUAUUUUUUACUAUAGCUGAACAGUCUUUUUGUUCCGUAAGUAAGAACUGUAUGAGUCAAUGCUCCAGUAACGCCAUGGCACCGCUCCUCCAGAUUUUUCAUGCAAGUCCCUCUGUGGGUUUUUUUUUUUAGAGGCCUUAGUAUAUGAAGGAUCAAAUUCUUCUGGUUGUGGAGCCUAUCCACCACCUCGGCCAUGGCAAUUUAGGCUUCUAUAAGCACAAGUUCAUUUAUCCUCACAAUAUGUGGUUGUGGUUAGAUAACUACAUAGGUAUUGGAGAAAAAAACAAAAAAACUCGGAAUUACAGCUGAUGCCUCCUCAAUGUAACCUCUUGGCUCCUCACAGCACAUCUUUAAUGAGCUGUUGCUUGUUGUCCCUGUUUGUCAGCAGACAUUCUAUAACUGCCGUUGUGGGUUUGUCUACAAACUUGUAGCACUGUAUAUGUUUGUUCUUGUUCUCUAAAUGUCUCACUUCCUUAUCUCGUUCAUAAUGCAGCCGCAGUCCAUGGUAAAUUCAGCACUCCCAGACUCUCCGCUUUUUUUCCCGACCAUUCAUGAACGCUCCAUAUCUUUCUCUCCGCCACCUACUGGCUUGUCUCCAAAGGUGCCUGCAGUGCAGCGACGCAAGAGCACCUCGUUCUUGGAGUCCCAAAGCCGCCAUGGGCUAACCCAGAUUAGGGCACUUGGGCAAGAAUCCCAUCUACCAGCUGAUGAGACCCAAUGCUGGAGGGCAGAUGAUAUGGGUAAAGCAUCUCUCCGAACAGCUCCGGAAGUUGUUCAUAAGCAUCAAAACUAUGAUGUGAUGAUGUUUCCUGACUCAAGACAAUCUUCAAUAAUUCCAAAUGAAACUCUCCUAAGACCUGUGGAAGCGGUUUAUCUAGCCAACCUACCCUCACAGGAGACCUACAGCAACAUGGCUGCACCUGAGCAAAUGGAAGGCCACAAGCUGACCCAGCUUGGCUCAUUUUAUGAUUAUAAGACUGGGCAAACCUACAUAGCACGACCCCUACAAAGCCUAAGACUGGAACCUGGUGUAAAUCAGCCGUCAGCUUUGGGUAGCGUAUCAGCCCCAGUCUCCUCAGACUCGCACGUCCGGUUUCACCAGGUGUUUGUGCCCCAGUCUGCUCCUCCGGUGCUUACUCAAAGCCAUGGAGGCCACCCGGGGUGUAUGUUUGAGUUCCACAUGCAUGCCUCUGGGUCUGUUCCCGGAGAAGCGACCGUUUACUUGCCGCACAGAGUUUAUUGCCCCCGCCGUAGCUCUAUGGACUUUAAUCCAGAAGAACUGCACCAGGGUUCUACACAGCAGGGCCGCCUCCAAACUGUCACUGAAGAGCAGUGCAACCAUAAUGGGCUGGAGCAACUGCCGCCUUUUAUAGGAAUCAUCACAUGCAACCGACCAGAGAGCAGUCCUGACUAUUCCAGCGAUUCCUCCCAAAGGAAUUCCUCCGACCUGGAUUAUCUCUCUCCUCCUCUGGCCGGUGCCUUCAGCUCCGAUAUCUCCGUGACUUCUAAGCAAAAAAUGUUGCAGGAUUCGCAGAUUUUCUUUUGUCUCUCACAGUCUGGAACUACUUCUUAUGCUGGACCGCAAGCUUUGCACAGCCAACAGGUCAUUAUCGGAGAUUUCACUAUUUAAGCCCUUCUUCAGUUUCAGCCCAGUCAGCCGAAAUGUAAUCGCAAUAUGGCUACUUUCCUGCAGUCAUCUGGGGAUGGGCUUGUGGCCCUUGAAUGGAUCAAAUUUUUAUCUGUGAUGUGUGAAAGGCUCUAAUGUUAAUGCAUGCCUUGCCUUAAAAUCUAGUCUAGUCUUGUCAAGUCUUUUCAUCAGCCAUUGACAUAGAAUAAGAAACACAACAAAACCAAAUGCUAUCUUCUUUUCUUUUUGUUGGUCAGUCCUUCGGUGUCAUUACUUUAUCCAUAGAACACCUAGUGUUUUCUUAUACACCUCAUAUUGCUUCUUAUUUUUGCCAUUCAAAGUUUGGGGGCACUGCCCAAUACAUUUGUUGGAGAGCUUGGUGUAACUAGUAUUACAUUUAAUGAUUUGUUUAUUAGUGAUUACAGGAUCCAACUUAGAGCAAAUGUUGAAGAGUAAUGAGGAGGCAGGCUUUUAUAUCUCUCUAGUCAAGCUGUUGAGCCGCCACUCAAGUGAUUUUGUUGUUCCUAUACGUAGCACAAUGGCCAACUGAGGGUUUAGGUUAUCCUGCGUCUGCUGUUGGACAAAGUUCUUUUAGAAAACACAAACAUAUUUAAAGAGUUUGAUGUACAGUAGGUUGUUGUAGGCUUUUUGAUUGCCAGAUGCUGCUUGAUAAUUUUAUUCCACUCUCUACUUCUUU